CCGGAGGAGGAGGAGGGGGGAGAACUGGGGGAGGCAGCAGCAGAGGGCGCAGGCUGCUUGGUUCGCCGUCAUCGUCUCACUCUGGCACCCGGGUCGGAUCUGCUCUGCUCCUCGCCCCCCUCCCUUCUUGGCGCAGGAGGUCCUCCUUGAGGGCUGUUUGUGUGCUUGGUGCUUUUCUACCAGGGUCCAACCUAGCUGUCCUCAGGAGGCUGCCUGUCCCCAGGCUGCUGAAGUUUGUUUCCUGCAGAAGGGGAGAAAAGGAUGGGAGCGGGUCUACCAAGCCUGCCUUCUGUUUCCUGUCCUCCCCCCUAAGCCUGAGGUAAGCCUCCCCCCACUUCACCUACAUCCCCAGCCUGUUUUGUCCUACUUCCUGGGUUCACUUGGAGGCCCAUCAGGAAGGAUAAACAAGUGGGAGCAGGACGAUGCUAUUAACAUCAGUGCUGGGGAGUGGCCCCCGUGGGGGCUCCCCACUCUGGCCACUCGUGUCCCCGGCUCUCCGAUUCUGGUCUACUUCGGCCACUGACACCCAUCACAUGGAGCUAGCCAGAGAGCGAUCCAAGACAGUCACCUCUUUCUACAACCAGUCAGCCAUUGAUGCUGCAGCUGAGAAGCCUUCUGUGCGUCUCACUCCAACCAUGAUGUUGUAUUCAGGCCGUUCCCAGGAUGGCAGCCAUCUGCUGAAAAGUGCCCGUUACUUACACCACGAACUCCCCGUGCGUAUAGCUCACCGAAUCAAGGGCUUCCGGAGUCUGCCUUUUAUCAUUGGCUGCAACCCUACCAUCCUCCAUGUGCAUGAACUCUAUAUUCGAGCCUUCCAGAAGCUGAGUGAAUUUGCCCCGAUAAAGGACCAGGCAUCUGAGGCCCAGUAUUGCCAGUUGGUCCGUCAGCUCCUGGAUGAUCACAAAGAUGUGGUGACUCUCCUGGCUGAGGGACUUCGAGAGUGUCGGAAACAUAUCCAGGAUGAGAAGCUGGUCCGAUACUUCUUGGACAAGACGCUGACGUCACGGCUGGGGAUCCGUAUGUUGGCCACCCAUCACCUGGCCCUGCAUGAGGACAAGCCCGACUUUGUGGGGAUCAUCUGUACUCGACUCUCCCCAAAGAAGAUCAUUGAAAAGUGGGUGGACUUUGCCAGGAGGCUGUGUGAACACAAGUAUGGGAAUGCCCCUCGAGUUCGAAUCAAUGGCCAUGUGGCUGCCCGGUUCCCCUUCAUCCCAAUGCCCCUGGACUACAUUCUUCCUGAGCUGCUGAAGAAUGCCAUGAGGGCCACAAUGGAAAGCCAUUUAGACACUCCAUACAAUGUCCCGGAUAUCGUCAUCACCAUUGCCAACAAUGAUAUUGACCUCAUAAUCAGAAUUUCAGAUCGGGGUGGGGGCAUCGCUCACCACCACUUGGACAAAGUGAUGGACUACCAUUUCACCACGGCCGAGGCCAGCACUCAGGACCCCCGAAUCAGUCCACUUUUUGGUCACCUGGAUACAAACAGCAACAGCCAGUCAGGACCUAUGCACGGGUUCGGUUUUGGUCUGCCUACAUCCCGAGCCUAUGCAGAAUACCUAGGUGGCUCCCUUCGGCUCCAGUCCCUGCAGGGAAUCGGCACAGAUGUCUACCUACGACUUCGGCACAUUGAUGGCAAGGAAGAGAGCUUCCGGAUCUGACCCAGCUAGCCUGGCCUUGCCUGGGCCCUCCCCCUGGGACUUGCUAGGGGAAGUCCCCCUGCCUGUUUCCCUCCUCUCAUCAUACUACUGCCCUUCCCCUGGCUUCCUUCCAGGUCUUGCAGCUUGGUCUUAAGUACUGGGAGCCAGGAGCUCCCCUCAGGACCUUUGCUAAUGGCUCUGUGUGGGGUCUCUGAACUAUUUUUCUCUCGCUGUUGCUCUGUUGCACCUUGGACUCUGGGCAAUCAGGAAUUAGACUCCCAGCUCCCUGAGCUCACUAGACCAGGGUUGGUAACUCUGAAUUUUCACCCCCCCAAUUACUUCAGUCCUUCCUUUCACACCCUUCCUCCUUUUUCCUAUCUUCUCAGCCUCUGGCUUUUUGGCCCAGAGCUGGGGAUGAUGGGGCAGGGGUGGGGACAUUUGGGGGGCCCCAGUGGCCUCCUUCGUCAUACAUGUUGCUGGGGAAGUGGGUUUGGGGGUCCAUGAACCCCCUUUCCCCUCCUCAUCUACUGCUGUGUUUGUAAUAUUAAAGUGCACAUUUUGAAAGUCCCUCCCCCAGGGCACGGUGUGUGUGUCCUGGCUGGCUGGGGAACAGCCAGACUUCCCUGUCUGCCUUUUCCCAGGACAAAGCUGAGGGUCACCUUGUCUCUUCCCCCAUGUCCACAGACAGGUAGGCCUGGCUGGGGGUGGGGCACACUUUCCUUUUCAAGGAGAUCUAUGGGGAUAGCAACCAUCUGUUUCAUAGGAUUUAGAGCUGAAAAAACCUUAAAGAUUACCUAGACCAACCCUGCUCAUUUUACAGAUGACAAGACUGCAACCCAGAAAAUAGAGUGACUUACUUGCUAAGGCCAAGUAGGGGAGCAAGUAACAGAGAGAUUUGAACUCUUCUCUGAUUUAAAAUCUGGUGCUUUCUACAACAGCCUUUCUCUGGGGCUUUUCUCAUGUCAUAACCAGGAUGUCCUCUCUGGGUUCUCACUCUAAUUCUGGGGUCUUCUGUCUUUUUGCUAGUUCCUUUGUGGGGCCAGAGACCUGUUGGAAGUGAGGAGGAAUGUCUGGUGAGAUCUUCAGUUUAGCUCUUCCAAAAUAGGAAUAAUUGUCGAUUAUCAGUUCUCCUCAGGCUCCUCUUAUUCCCCAUCCCCCCCAAGGCUCCUUAUUUCUAUUUCCUUUCCACUGUCCAAGGUUAAUGAGGUCAUUGCGCCAGCCUGACAUCCCAGGUGGCUGUUAAAAAUACUCCCCCUCAGCUGGGUUGUGAUACCCAGGUUGGCCUCCUGCCUGUCCUUAUGAGUUCUAGCCAGCAGGCUCCUGACUGCAGGGUACUGGGGAACUUGGGCCAGGGCCAGAAAAUAGCAAAGAGGAAGGUGCAAGGGGUAGGGGAAAAUUAGGAUUCAAGUGGCAAGGAGUCUGGAUUUUAAAUGAAGCACAUGAGACACCCGUAAUAAUGAAAUGUGACAGUGUAGUAUUAUUCUGCCCCCUGAGAAAUCCCUUGAUGUGUCAGGUCUAGACGGGUGUGGAAUUCCCACUUCCUAUCUCUAGAUUAUUGACUCUUGAAUGAGGAUUCAUUCAGUCCCUACCUACUCUGAGUAUACACACACAGCCCCACCCCCUCAUAACUGUGAUCUGUCUUUCUUUCUCUCAGGAGGAUGUUCAGAGGGAGUCCUGACCCAUAGCUCAGAUGGCCUGAGCUCCACAAAAGUCAUUCAUUACCUUCUCUUUCUCCUUCCAUGGCCUCUCCCUUUCGUUUCCCCUAAGUGCCUGCUCUAUGAGUUCAGCUCAUUGCUGAAGGCUUCCCCAAAGAGGAGGCCUUGAGAACUUAAGGGAGGGAGGGGAGAAGAGACUAAUAAGUCUGUGGCUUUGAACUGUCCCAAGUACAUAGUAUGUAUUUGUGCUAUCUGUUCUAACUCCCUUGUUGUUAGAAAAAAACCAUCUUAGAAUAGAGUUGCCCAGGAUCACACAGACCUGUCCCUUGAGAUUAACCCUCUUCAGGCGUUUUCAGAUUCUGGAAAUUCUGUCAAGUUGAGGGGGCUCUGUUGGGAGUUCAUGGGUGAUGGAGGUUUAUAGAACAAGGGUCCUUAAACUGGGGUCCGCAGAUGAAUUUGUGGGCAGGGAAUGUCUAUGAACUUGGAUAGAAAAAAAUCAUAACUUUUA